AUGCUGGCCAGUGCCAUUCUCUCCAAUGUGUCGGUGGAAACUAUUGGGUAUGGGAGAAGGUAUAAACAUACAGAUCGUGUGUUUUGGGUUAUGCAGUACAUUGAGAAGGAGAGGCUCCGGGACAGCGAUGUUGUUGUUGUGUACGAUGGUGCUGAUACGCUUUUCAGUGGUGCCUCCACGGUGCAGCAGGCUGUAGACAGGUUCAUUGCCACGACAGCACCAACUCCCGAUGCCUUUGAUGCUGGAGCUGUGCGUCGUGGUGUGGCUACAGCACCAGUGCUAUUCUCAGCAGAAGCCAACUGUUAUCAUCCCCAGUUGACGGAUAGUGGAAAAUGGGGUGUUUCAAAGGGUCGGUGUAUUUCUGCGUACUGGAGAGCAUAUAACUAUUGGGUAGGGGGAUGCAGUGGUGAUGUUUGUAACGAAAAGCUUAGGUUGCAUUACCUUAAUGCAGGUGGUUACGUUGCACGUGUGUGGGCGCUGAAGCAGACAUUUGUUGCUUUUCGUGAUGUGUUGCAACGGAAACGUUGGUGGUGUGACCAGAGUGCGUGGGGACUGGUGUACCUGUGGAGCAUCACCCAGGAUGCACGUAUGACACCCGAUGUGCGCAUUCCGCGUGGUCUGAUAAACCUGGACUUCCAUAACGAAUUUUUUUUUUCGCUACAUAGUAUGCGUUUUGAAAUAGAUAUUCUUUUUUGGAGUUCCACAGCCAUUGCAAAUGUGGUGGCGGGUGGCAGGUUGCCGUUUCCUCUCUUCUUUAAUAUUGUGGACAAGCCCAACGCCACUCCAGCCAUUCUGCAUUUUAAUGGUCUUGGGCGUAAUGUUGGUUUUUUUCUGGAGAAGAUGCGUAAUCACACCUCUUGGUAUGUGGAAAACAAGCGUUCGGUUGAUGCGGCUGAGAAGGCCAGGGAUAUGCUUAAAAGUUACUCCCGCAUUAAGGUUUGUGGCGAUGGUGAUUGUAAUUUGGCGCUUUUUUCUCAAUUUUGUCCCGUGUUUUUGUAG